AUGAAGUGGGUCGUCGAAUCAUCUCUGACGGCUAUCACCCAGCAGAGCAGAAAAACAGUGAUUUUGUGGCUGUCUGGCGGCUGUCACCUGACAGAGAGGAGCUGGAUGGAGGUGGGGCACAUGUUAGGGAGCUUCAUCCUCAGGUCCGCGCAGCAAGAUGAGGCUCUUCAUCUCAUCUGGUACGUUCUUAGGAGGUGGCGACUUGUCUCCCGACGGAUCGUCCUUGAUAAGUCUUCAUUAUCAUGAGUUAAUAAUUAGUAAAUAAUAUAGUUUUAGCCUUAACUCAUGAUAAAUAGACUUAUAUUUGUGUUAAAGUGUGAAAAGUGGUUUUCAGUUAAUUAACGUGAAUUUUUGGGUAAUUAUGUGAUUUUAUAUGAUUUUUACAGUCUUACUUUUGAGAUAAAUGAAGGAAAAGAAAUAAAAAUAAAAAUAUAAUAGAAUAGGGGGGCCCGCCGGCCAGCCGGGCUCGCAAACAGGUUGGAAGCACAGUCGGGGAGUAGCCACGAGCAAGGGCUCGAGCGGCUUGGACCGAUAGGGGCACGUGUGUGCCACCCCCCUCCCACGUCACCGGUGGCCAGCCAAUUGUGGGGUAAGGAGUAGUCGUAUGCGCGAGAAAGGGACUUGCUUUGAAAUGUAACAUUACUAUAUAUUCGUCCGAAAAUUCUACACAACCGAUGUGGGACUAAACCCUUGUCACACCUUCCCUAGAAGGGGCGGGCAACUGGCGCGAGUUUGAAUCCUCCUAGAGCCAAAAUUCAUAUUUUUUUUGUUGAUUAUCGUGACUUUCCUGUAGAUCGCCGGUGAAAGAUUAAGCAACCAGAAUUGUUGGAUCAUCGGCGAAAAUCUCGUCAACGCGAUUCGCAGAGCAUUGUUACUAAAAUUGUUGAAAGAUUUGCGAUAAAAGGAUCAUGAAUCCAUUGAGUAAAGCAUCUCCGAUUGAUCGACAAACAAGCCGUAAUCGGGAAGAGGACGAUCUGUUAGGAGACGAGUCGCCACCUCUUGAGAGCGUACCAGAUGCGAUGAAAAACCUCCUCUUGGUGCGUGAACUUGAGGAUGAAGCUCCCUAACAUGCACCCCACCUCCAUCCAGCUCCUCUUCGUCGGGUGACAGUCGCCGGAGAGCCGCAAAGUCGCCAUUUUUCUGCUCCACCGGGUGACAGCCAUCGAAGAUGAUUCGACGACCCACUUCAUUGAUCUCUAG